CCGUGUUGUGGGACUCUGCUGGUUCAAACCCAGCGUCUUUCCAGCGCCUCGCUUCCUGCGGUCGGUGCUGCUCCGGCGGAGGCGCGAUGGGGGAGGCGGAGAAGUUCCACUACAUCUACAGCUGUGACCUGGACAUCAACGUGCGGCUCAAGAUAGGGAGUUUGGAAGGGAAGAGAGAACAAAAGAGUUAUAAAGCUGUUCUAGAAGACCCAAUGCUGAAGUUUUCAGGACUGUACCAGGAGACCUGCUCUGACCUUUAUGUUACUUGUCAAGUUUUUGCAGAAGGGAAGCCUUUGGCCUUGCCAGUGAGAACAUCCUACAAGGCAUUUAGUACAAGAUGGAACUGGAAUGAAUGGCUAAAACUGCCUGUGAAGUACCCUGACCUGCCCAGGAAUGCCCAAGUGGCCCUGACUAUAUGGGAUGUGUAUGGGCCAGGAAAGGCAGUGCCUGUGGGUGGGACAACGGUUUCGCUCUUUGGAAAAUACGGCAUGUUUCGUCAAGGGAUGCAUGACUUGAAAGUCUGGCCUAAUGUAGAAGCAGAUGGGUCAGAACCCACAAAAACUCCUGGCAGAACAAGCAGUACACUCUCAGAAGAUCAGAUGAGCCGCCUUGCCAAGCUCACCAAAGCCCAUCGACAAGGACACAUGGUGAAAGUAGAUUGGCUGGACAGAUUGACAUUUAGAGAAAUUGAAAUGAUAAAUGAGAGUGAAAAACGAAGUUCUAAUUUCAUGUAUUUGAUGGUUGAGUUUCGAUGUGUCAAGUGCGACGAUAAAGAAUAUGGCAUUGUUUAUUAUGAAAAGGAUGGUGAUGAGUCAUCUCCAAUUUUAACAAGCUUUGAGAUAGUGAAAGUUCCUGACCCUCAGAUGUCUAUGGAGAACUUGGUUGAGAGCAAACACCACAAGCUUGCCCGGAGUUUAAGAAGCGGACCUUCUGACCAUGAUCUCAAGCCUAAUGCUACCACAAGAGACCAACUAAAUAUUAUUGUGAGUUAUCCACCAACCAAGCAACUCACAUAUGAAGAACAAGAUCUUGUUUGGAAAUUUAGAUGUUAUCUUACUAACCAAGAAAAAGCUUUGACAAAAUUCUUGAAAUGUGUUAAUUGGGAUCUACCUCAGGAGGCCAAACAGGCACUGGAACUGCUGGGGAAAUGGAAGCCCAUGGACGUGGAGGAUUCCCUGGAGCUACUGUCCUCCCAUUACACCAACCCCACAGUGAGGCGCUAUGCUGUGGCCCGGCUGCGCCAGGCAGAUGAUGAGGAUUUAUUGAUGUACCUAUUACAACUGGUCCAAGCUCUCAAAUAUGAAAAUUUUGACGAUAUAAAGAAUGGAUUAGAACCUACCAAGAAGGAUGGUCAGGGUUCAGUGUCAGAGAGUACAUCAAGUUCUGGAAUAAAUUCUGCAGAAAUAGAUAGCUCCCAAAUUAUAACCAGUCCUGUUCCUCCAGUGUCUUCCCCUCCCCCUGCAUCUAAAACGAAAGAAGGUUCAGAUGGUGAAAAUUUGGAGCAAGAUCUCUGCACCUUUUUGAUAUCAAGAGCCUGCAAAAACUCAACACUGGCUAAUUACUUAUACUGGUAUGUGAUAGUGGAAUGUGAAGAUCAAGAUACUCAGCAGAGAGACCCAAAGACCCAUGAGAUGUACUUGAAUGUGAUGAGACGAUUCAGCCAAGCAUUGUUGAAGGGUGACAAGUCUGUCAGAGUUAUGCGCUCCUUGCUGGCUGCACAGCAGACGUUUGUAGAUCGGCUGGUGCAUCUAAUGAAGGCAGUGCAGCGUGAAAGCGGAAAUCGUAAGAAAAAGAAUGAGAGACUACAGGCAUUGCUUGGAGAUAAUGAAAAGAUGAACUUGUCAGAUGUGGAACUUAUCCCAUUGCCUCUAGAACCCCAGGUGAAAAUUAGAGGAAUAAUCCCAGAAACAGCUACACUAUUCAAGAGUGCCCUUAUGCCUGCACAGUUGUUCUUUAAGACAGAAGAUGGAGGCAAAUAUCCAGUUAUAUUUAAGCAUGGGGAUGACUUACGCCAAGAUCAACUUAUUCUUCAAAUCAUUUCACUCAUGGACAAGCUACUGCGGAAAGAAAAUCUGGAUUUGAAGUUAACACCCUAUAAAGUAUUAGCCACCAGUACAAAACAUGGCUUCAUGCAGUUUAUCCAGUCAGUUCCUGUUGCUGAAGUUCUUGAUACAGAAGGAAGCAUUCAGAACUUUUUUAGAAAAUACGCACCAAGUGACAAUGGGCCCUAUGGGAUCAGUGCUGAGGUAAUGGACACGUAUGUUAAAAGCUGUGCUGGAUAUUGUGUGAUUACGUAUAUACUUGGAGUUGGAGACAGGCACUUGGAUAACCUUUUGCUGACAAAAACAGGCAAACUCUUCCACAUAGACUUUGGAUAUAUCUUGGGUCGGGAUCCGAAGCCUCUUCCUCCUCCAAUGAAGCUGAAUAAAGAGAUGGUGGAAGGCAUGGGGGGCACGCAGAGGGAGCAGUACCAGGAGUUCCGGAAGCAGUGCUACACGGCUUUCCUCCACCUGCGAAGGUAUUCUAAUCUAAUUUUGAACUUAUUUUCCUUGAUGGUGGAUGCAAACAUUCCAGAUAUUGCUCUUGAACCAGAUAAAACUGUGAAAAAGGUUCAGGAUAAAUUCCGCCUGGACCUGUCAGACGAGGAGGCGGUGCAUUACAUGCAGAGUCUGAUUGACGAGAGUGUCCACGCCCUGUUUGCUGCAGUGGUGGAGCAGAUUCACAAGUUUGCCCAGUACUGGAGAAAAUGAAACUGGGUUUGGUCCCCCAAGAAGCAACCUGUGUAUAAUGAAGACUUCAGAGUAACAAGCAAGCAAGAAUGUUUAAUCUUCCAGAUACCAUAUAUCCUAAAUGUUACAUGGUGUCUGAAUCCCUUGGAUGUCAGUGCUUAAAUAUGUUCUUGAAGGGUUUUGUUUUAAAAUAUUGUAUAUAUUUAUUUUCAAAUAUACACAUUAUUAAUAACCUA